GCGAAGAGGUGGGAAGGAGGGCAAAACGUACAGCGACCCCCGCGCCGGCUGCCUGCAGGGUCUUCCAGUCCCGUAUGGGGAGGGGGAUGCUCUUGCCAGGGCUCUGGUCCAGGCUGCGGACCGACCGCACCACACACCCAAACCUAUCCGAUGGGGCAGGAGAAGCCAGUCAAGGGGCUGCUCCUGGCCGCCCUGGGGUGGGAUCGUAGGGUGAGGGAUCCGCAUUGCAGGUGCACCAGGAGUGCCCAAGGGCCUGGCCCUGCUUUGUCUGGGAUGCUGCGGGGAGGAGGCCUUCUGAAUCCACAUCGCCUUUUUAAAUGCGUUUUUCCACCUUGUGGCCGUUAAAGACCGUCCCAGAUAAAAUGGAUAGUCUCCUGCCCUGAUAAUGCCCGUAGGUCAUCUGGAGGUCAGUAUGGCAGCCACAAACCUGGAGAACCAGUUGCACAGCGCACAGAAGAACCUCCUGUUCCUUCAGCGGGAGCAUGCCAGCACGCUCAAGGGGCUACACGCGGAGAUCAGGCGACUGCAACAACACUGCACAGAUUUAACCUAUGAGCUGACACUCAAAAGUUCGGAACAGACAGGAGAUGGAUCUUGCAGAAGCAAUGAACUGAAGAAAAGAUGUGAAGAGCUGGAAGCCCAGCUGAAACUCAAGGAGAGUGAGAACAACGAACUGCUGAGGGAACUGGAGCAAAAAAAUGCCAUGGUCACGGUGCUGGAAAGCACCAUUAAGGAACGGGAGAAGAAAUACCUGGAGGAGUUAAAGGUGAAAAGCCAGAAGCUGACUAUGCUGUCCAGUGAGCUGGAGCAGCGUGCCAGCACCAUCGCCUAUCUGACCUCUCAGCUGCAUGCCGCCAAAAGGAAGCUCAUGAGCUCCAGCGGGACCUCUGACGGCAGCCCAUCUGGGAGCCCCGUGCUGGCCAGCUACAAGCCGGCCCCCCCAAAAGACAAGCUGCCUGAAACACCCCGCCGCCGGAUGAAAAAGAGCCUCUCAGCCCCCCUGCACCCAGAAUUCGAAGAGGUCUACAAAUUUGGGGCUGAGAGCCGGAAACUACUUUUGCGGGAACCAGUGGAUGCCAUGCCUGACCCCACACCAUUCCUGCUGGCCCGGGAGUCAACCGAGGUCCACCUCAUCAAAGAGCGACCUCUGGUCAUCCCCCCCAUCGCCUCCAACCGCAGCUCCAGCGAGCAGCACAGCCCAGCCCGUGAAAAGGCUCACAAGGCUCACAUUGGGGUGGCACACCGCAUCCACCAUGCCACCCCACCGCAGGCCCAGCCCGAGGUGGAGACGCUGGCGGUCGACCAGGUGAACGGAGGUAAAGUGGUGAGGAAGCACUCAGGGACGGACAGAACUGUGUGAAGCCUGCCCCGGGCGAGUCUUCACCCUGGCUGUCCAUGCACUGUGAUCACUACUGGGAAACACUCAUUCACGCCUUUUUUUUUCCUUUACUUCCCAUGCAUGCCAAAUUUUUUUCAGACCUGUCAACAGAUCUCUUAUCUUCCUGCUCCUCUUGUCCACUUAUUGACACCAAGUUAUGAUCGUGUCCCUGCUGCAGAAUACAUAUCUACUAAUUGCUGUGGCCAAACACCUGUGUGAUGAAUCGCUUGCUUCUAAUCCCACUCUGUGUAAUCUAAAUGCGCUCAUGGACAAAGCACAGGCCUCAGGCUGCAUUACUACCCCAUGUUAAUAAAAUCAGAUAGUCCCAUGCCUAAUUAUGAAGUUGGAGUAACACAUAUCAGCCUUGACCCUAUCCCUCCGGUUUCCAGGACAGCCUAUCCGAAGCAGCCCCUGCUCCCUCCUGCUGGAGACCCCUGUAACCUCCUGACUAUCCUUUCCCAGGGCGGCACCAAUAACCGAGCAGCUGUAUGUGUCACAGGAACUAAAUAAGAUGAUGUUACUUCUCGUAUCACCACAGCCUGAAUGUGUGUUCAUAUUUUUUGUUUUAUCCAAAUGUUCAAGAUCCCAACAAACUUUAUUUUCUAAACCUG